AUGGCCUCACCCCUUGAGGGAAAGCCCUUUCCGCUCCGGGCUGAGUCCACCCGCUCCGAGGAGACUGCGACGGUCCACGUGGAGACGACCUCCCGUCAGGUGCGGAGGUCUUCCCGGCAGGUGGAGACUACCCAGUGCCGCAGCGAGGGGCACUCCGUCUCCCCCUCUGGGAAGCGGGUCCCUCGGUUCGAGGUGUCCUACCAGCACGUGGAAACCGCCUCGCAGCGCAGGGAGACGUCCUGCCGCCGCGUCAGGGCCUUGUCUCUGCAGGUGGAGACGUCUCUGCACCGCGUGGAGAGCCCGCCGCGGCGGGAGCAGCCGGCCGCUCGCCAAAAUGUCCAAAAGGCCCGAUGA